GGGCUUAUAACAGAACAUCAGAAGAACCAAACAAAAACCGCAGGAACCAAAAUGGCUCCAAAGAAGAAGAAGCAGCAGCAGCAGCAGCAGCAGCAGCAGCAGCAGCAGCAGCAGCAGCAGAAGAAGAACAAUAAAAAACCUCAACCAUCAUCAUCUGCAGGUGGUCCGAAGGUGCAGUUGUCGGCGGAAAAUGAGCAGAGGUUGCGCCGCUUGUUGCUCAACAACAGUAGCGACGCUGCCACCGUCCGGCCGACGUUCGAAGAAUCACACACACUUUCUCUCUCUAAAGCGCAGAAAGCCAAGAAGCUCAUAUCUAUCUACGAGAAUCUCUCCUGCGAAGGUUUUUCUGAUGAUCAGAUUGAACGUGCUCUCUCUUCGCUUAAGGACGGUGCAACUUUUGAAGUUGCGUUGGACUGGUUGUGCUUAAAUUUGUCUCGGACUGAACUACCUGUAAAGUUCCGUGAUGGAUUAUCUCUACACACAGGAGGGUCGAUUAGUGUGGUAUCUAUUGCACAAGAAAAUUGGAAUUCCCCAGUUGAUACCACAACAAGGUCCGAGGAGGAAAUGCGUAAAUUUUCUGUCAUAACUAAAGGUCCAAGUGAUGACGACUCUUUAGUUUUACAUGAGCCAUCCCAAGCUGAUUGGAUUCGCCAAUACAUGGAGAAAGAGGAAGAGAUGGAAACUGAAAAUUGGGAAGAUACACUGUCAGAUGAAGAUUCUUGCAUUAAGUGUGCUUUGCAGGAACCUAGGUCAUAUGACACAAUUGUUGAGGAGUACCAAUCUGCACGUUUGGAAGCUUUUGUUGCUAAGGAGAAAGGGGAAAAAAAGAGUCAAGAAGCAGCUAGCAAUAAAAUCCGCAUGCUUAAGCAGGAGAUGUCUGCUUUAGGGUAUUUGGAUGUGCUCAUGUCUGAUAUUUCUAAAAUGGAGGCACCUUGUUCUUCGUACAAGGAGGGAAUAUCUAGUAUAGAUGCAAUGGAUGAUUCAUUAAGUGAUAAAGUGGGGAUAGAACAUUUCUUCGGGGAUGAGGCAACAAUUCAAAGAAUUCCCGUUAAUGAUGUAACACUAACACCUCUUCAAGAGGAACCGGAAGAUCCCGAGCUUGCUAACCUUUUCAUGGAAGGUAACUCAGAUAAUGCGGCCUUAUCACCUGAAGUCAGGAUGACACAAUACAAAACAAAAACCAGAGGUUUACCAACUAGCAAAGACUUGGAAAAGUUGGAGGGCAUAUGGAAAAAGGGUGAUUUACCGAGGAUUCCUAAAGCUGUGCUUCAUCAAUUGUGCCAAAGAUCAGGCUGGGAGCCUCCAAAAUUUGACAAAGUGGGUAAAAAAGGAAGUGGUUUCAGUUAUGAUAUUAGCGUGCUGCGUAAAUCUACUGGGAGGGGUAAGAGCCGAAAAGCUGGUGGUUUGAUCACUCUGCGGCUCCCUGGGCAGGAUGAAACAUUUGAAUCUUCUGAGGAAGCACAGAAUAGAGUUGCUGCUUUUGCCCUUUGCCGCUUGUUUCCUGAUAUACCUGUUCAGUUUCUGAUUACUGAGCCAUAUGCUUCGCUAGUUGUGAAAUGGGAGGAAGGGGAAUUGUCAGACAUUAUUGAAGACACUAUGGAAGGUCGAAGGGCUGGUUUUGUGGAAUCGUUGUUAAAUGCUGGUUCUUCAGUAGGGAAUAGUUCAGUUGAUGUUGGUGACAUUUCCAAUCAUAACGAUGUUUCCGAAAUGUUCGAUGAACAAUUGAGUGUUGCUAGUCUUCAGAGGCUUAACGUUUUGAAAGAAAAAGAGUGUUUCUUGUUAAGACGAGAACUGGAAAAUAAGCAGAAGACAUCAAGAUACAAGAGCAUGUUGGAAGCCAGAGCAGCACUUCCUAUUGCUAAAACAAAGGAUGAGAUAUUGUGCUCGUUGAAGCAAAAUAAUGUCGUUGUUGUUUGUGGGGAAACAGGCUCUGGGAAGACUACUCAGGUUCCACAAUAUAUAUUGGAUGACAUGAUUGUGGCUGGUUGUGGCGGGCAUUGCAACAUUGUUUGUACACAACCACGACGAAUAGCAGCGAUUUCUGUUGCUGAAAGGGUGGCCGUUGAGAGAUGUGAACCUGCACCUGGUUUAAAUGGAUCAUUGGUUGGUUACCAAGUUCGGCUAGAUAGUGCAAGAAAUGAUAGAACCAAACUCCUUUUCUGUACAACUGGUAUUCUUUUACGGCAAAUUGCGGGGAACAAGAGCUUUCACGGUAUCACUCAUGUUAUAGUUGAUGAGGUGCAUGAACGAUCUUUGUUGGGGGAUUUCCUGCUUAUUGUCUUAAAGAACUUACUGGAAAAGCAAGCUGCAAGUGGCAACCAAACAUUUAAAGUUAUACUCAUGUCUGCAACAGUUGAUUCAAAUUUGUUUUCACGCUAUUUCGGUGACUGCCCAGUGAUUACUGCCAAAGGUCGAACAUAUCCUGUUUCAACAUUUUUUCUUGAAGAUGUAUAUGAAAAAACAUACUACCAUCUUCCGUCAGAUUCCCCAGCCUGUUUAGGUUUUAAGACAUUUGGCCAUGAGGUUGUUGGAGGUUCUAUUGACAACCGUAGAGGGAAGAAAAGUCUUGUCUUAUCAUCAAUGGGUGAUGAAACUCUUCUCUCGGAAGAAUGCAUGAACCCACACUAUAACCCCAGUGCAUAUCAAUCAUACAGUGAUCAAACACGAUUGAAUCUGAAAAAAUUGAAUGAAGAUGUAAUAGAUUAUGAUCUUCUUGAAGACUUGGUGUGUCAUAUUGAUGAAAAUUGUGGUGAUGGCGCCAUUCUUGUUUUCUUGCCUGGCAUUUCAGAAAUUUACAAAUUACACGAUAAGCUGGCUGCUUCAUAUCGCUUUGGUGGAGAAUCUUCUGAAUGGCUCCUGCCAUUGCAUUCAUCUGUAGCCGCAUCUGACCAAAAAAAGGUGUUUCUGAAGUCACCCAAAGACAUUCGUAAGAUUAUAAUGGCGACAAAUAUAGCAGAGACAAGCUUAACAAUAGAUGACGUGGUGUAUGUAAUUGAUUCUGGGAAGCACAAGGAGUACCGUUAUGACCCACGGAAGAAACUCUCAAUGAUGGCCGAGGAUUGGAUAUCCCAAGCAAAUGUAAAACAAAGACGAGGAAGAGCUGGGCGAGUAAAACCCGGUACUUGUUUUUGCUUGUAUACACGCCAUAGAUUUGAAAAAAUGAUGCGAUCAUUCCAGGUUCCGGAGAUGCUAAGAAUGCCUCUGGUAGAACUAUGUCUACAGAUUAAGCUGCUUUCUCUCGGUGAUAUAAAACUUUUUUUAUCCAAGGCUAUUGAAACGCCGAAGGAUGAAGCUAUAAACUCGGCAGUGUCAUCAUUGAAGGAGGUUGGUGCUGUCGAUGACAAUGAAGAACUGACUCCCCUUGGACAUCAUUUGGCCAAACUGCCAGUUGAUUUGCUGCUUGGAAAGAUGAUGUUGUAUGGUGCGAUAUUCGGAUGUUUAUCACCUAUCCUCUCAAUUGCUGCAUUUUUGAGUCACAAAUCACCAUUUGUUCACGUGAAAGACGAGAGAGAAUUUGUUGAAAGAUCAAAACUGGCUAUUUUGUCAGACAAGACUGAUGGAUCUAACAAUUCAUAUGAUAAUGAGAGGCAAUCUGAUCACAUCAUAAUGAUGAUUGCCUACAAGAAAUGGGAAAAGAUUCUCCGAGACAAAGGAGUUAAGGCUUCUCAAAAUUUUUGUAGAUUACACUCUCUCAGCAGUUCAGUUAUGUACACGAUAAGAGAUAUGCGAGUGCAGCUUGGAACUCUGUUGGCAGAUAUUGGACUCAUCCAUCUCCCUGAAGGUUAUCAGGGUAGGCGGAAAGGAAAUCUGGAGGACUGGUUUUCUAAUGCAUCACAACCAUUUAACAAGCAUGCUAAUCAUUGUGCAGUAGUGAAGGCGAUAUUAUGUGCUGGUUUAUAUCCCAACGUUGCUGCAACAAUGGAGGGUAUUCAUGCUCCAGCUCUUGGAAACCUCAGGCAAUCUCUUAAAUCUAUAUCUAAGGGCAGCCAAGCCUGGUGUGAUGGAAGAAGAGAAGUUCAUAUACACCCUUCUUCUGUCAAUGGUGAUUCCAAGAUCUUCCAGUAUCCCUUCCUUGUGUUUCUUGAAAAGGUUGAAACCAACAGGGUUUUUCUGCGAGACACAACAAUCAUCUCUCCAUAUUCUCUUCUACUUUUUGGUGGUACUAUACAUGUUCAGCAUCAGUUGGGACUUGUCACUAUAGAUGGUUGGUUGAAGGUAGCUGCACCAGCACAAACCGCUGUGCUGUUCAAGGAACUUCGGUUAACUCUACAGUCUGUUCUUAAUGGAUUGAUCCGUAAGCCACAGAGGGCAUCAGUUGACAAUGAAGUUGUGCAAUCCAUAAUUCACUUCUUGUUGGAGGAAGCGAAACCUCAGGCUUAACAUGGGCUUAGCAUAUGAUCACAAUUGCGAAACCUCAGGCACAGUGUAAUACUCUUUUGUUUCAUUUACAUGCUCUAGUUUCUAGACACAGUAAGCUCUGGGCUAUUUGUGAAAAAUGCUCCCCUGUAGUUACAGGAUUUUGGAUAAAUUACCUCUGAAAAUAACGGCAUUCAUGCAUCUUAAAUCUUAAUUGGAUUUUUCGAGAACUAGAAA